CGAGUUCCAUUGCUAACACUACCACAUCACUUGAAGCUACAAUGGUGAGAGCUGCUGAGGUCGCAACGACCAUGGCGGCGACGCUAGUCGUCGUGGGCAUGGCGCUGUCCAUUGCGCCGGUGGCAAGCGCCAUCGACUACACCGAGCGGGACCUGGCGUCGGAGGAGUCGUUGUGGGCCCUAUACGAGCGCUGGUGCGCGCAUUACAACAUGGCGCGCGACCACGGCGAGAAGACCCGGCGGUUCGACCUGUUCAAGGAGAACGCGCGCCGCAUCUACGAGCACAACCACCAAGGCAACGCGACGUACACGCUGGGCCUCAACCGCUUCAGCGACAUGACCGACGAGGAGUUCAACCGCUCCCCAUACGGAGGUUGCUUGACUGCUCCCCGCAUGUCCGACGACGAGAUCGAGGAGCUCCACCACCACCACCACCAGCAGGAGGACGACGGGUCGUUCAACCUCACGCACGGCAGCGGCGGCGGCAAGCUCGGCGCCCCGCCGGCAGUGGACUGGCGUGGGAGGGCGGUGACGCGCGUGAAGGACCAGGGGCCGACGUGCGGGAGCUGCUGGGCGUUCUCGGCGAUCGCGGCGGUGGAGGGCAUCAACGCCAUCCGGACAAGGAACCUGGUGCCGCUGUCGGAGCAGCAGCUGGUGGACUGCGACAAGUUGAACCACGGCUGCAACGGCGGCUUGAUGACCACGGCCUUCAGCUUCGUCGUGAGAAACCGCGGCGUCGUGCCGGAGGGCGCGUACCCGUACAUGGGCAGGGAGGGGCGGUGCAAGCACGUCAUGGCCCCGCCGGUGACCAUCUACGGGUACCAGCGAGUGCCGCGGUUCGACGCGAACGCGCUGAUGAACGCGGUCGCGGCGCAGCCUGUGUCCGUGGCGAUCGAGGCCAGCUCCUUCGAGUUCCGACACUACCAAGGGGGCGUCUUCAACGGGAACUGCGGGGGCAGGCUGGGUCACGCGGCGACGGCGGUGGGGUACGGCGCCGACGCCGGCGGCCCGUUCUGGAUCGUCAAGAAUUCGUGGGGUCCUGGGUGGGGCGAGGGUGGGUACGUGCGCAUCAGCCGCAACACGCCCGUCAGGCAGGGGGUCUGCGGCAUCCUCACAGAAAAUUCAUACCCUGUGAAGCGUUAGGCAAACUUGCCGAUUUCGGUAGCUGUUCCGGUUUUGUUCGCUGGAAAUAAAAAGUUUUGGUAUCGGAUGAUACAAGUGAA